AAAGUCUCACUGUAGGCCUGUAGGACUGCAGAAGGUGCCCUGCGGUGAAGGGAGGCUUCCUCCAGCCACGUGCACGGUGACGACCACAGAUGGAGCUGGAAGGCGGUGCAAACCCCCGAGCUUCCCAUCUCCCAGAGCUUCCACCGCAGGAACAGGGGCAACAGGACUAUCCUUUCGGCAUCUCGGAGUCAGAGCCGCCACUCGAGUUUCACGCCACGGCCCUCGCUCCCAGGUCCCGAAGCUGGGGCGUCACCCCCGUUGCACCGGGACGCGGCGCGGGACCUCGGGAGUUGUAGUCCGGGGCCCGGCGCCGGCGCCGGGGUCGGGACAGUGCGGACUCCAGGUCCCGGCGGGCGGCGCGGCGCGGCCUGGGGCGCAGGGCGGGGCCGUCGGCCCUUUAAACCUGCAGGGCCACUCGGAGGGCCGCAGCCGGGGACGGCGCCAAGCGGGGGCCGAGCAGUACGCAGCGACGGCGGGGCACUCCGGGGAGGCCUGGGGCAGUUGAUGAUUUUGACGAAGUCUCUUAAGCUUGUCAGCAUUCUCCAUCACUGGCCUAUGGACUGUGUACGCCAUGGCCGUGAUGAACCGCCACGUGUGCCCUGUGGAGAACUGGUAUGGCGCACUCUGCAGACAUCUUCAUUCUAAAGCUCCCUUCAUCUCUGUUCCCUCUUGGGCCGGGGCUGCUACGAGCCAGACGGAGACCCUGGGCCUCACUGCUCUCCUCUGACAUUGGCGCGCCUGCCCCUCCCAGGUCCUACAACGAGUCUUGCUCUCCUGACCCCGCUGAGGAAGGGGGCCCCAAGACCUGCUGCACCCUGGAUGAUGUCCCCCUCAUCAGCAAGUGCGGUACAUAUCCCCCAGAGAGUUGCCUCUUCAGCCUCAUUGGCAACGUGGGUGCUUUCAUGGUGGCUCUGAUCUGCCUCCUGCUCUACGGGCAGUUCCUGGAGCAGAGUCGUCAUUCCUGGAUAAACACCACAACACUCAUCACAGGCUGCACCAACGCUGCAGGCCUUGUGGUGGUCGGAAACUUCCAGGUGGAUCAUGCGAAGUCUCUGCACUACAUCGGAGCUGGUGUGGCCUUCCCUGCUGGGCUGCUGUUUGUCUGCCUGCACUGUGUCCUCUCCUACCAUGGGGCCAGCGCCCCCCAGGACCUGGCUAUGGCCUACCUGCGGAUUGUGCUGGCAGCCAUUGCCUUUGUGACCCUGGUCCUCAGUGGUGUCUUCUUCAUCCAUGAGAGUUCUCAGCUGCAGCACGGGGCAGCCCUGUGCGAGUGGGUGUUUGUCAUCGACAUCCUUGUUUUCUAUGGCACCUUCUGCUAUGAGUUUGGGGCAGUCUCCUCAGAGACACUGGUGGCUGCACUGCAGCCUGCCACUGGCCGGGCCUGCAAGUCCUCUGGGAAUAGUAGCACCUCUACUCACCUCAACUGUGCCCCUGAGAGCGUCGCCAUGAUCUGAAGGUCUGGGGAGGGUGGCUGGCCCGGCUUCUGCUGCUCCCUACCCCAUGUCUUCUUUGCAUUUAUUUUGUACCAAAAAUAAUUUUGAGAAAGUAUUUUGUUGGGAUAUAGGCUUCCUCACUCCUGAAGGAGUGGCCAUCCCACACCCACCUGUGCCAUAGAGGAGCAGGCCCUGGCAGCUGCCUGAGCUGCGCAGGACCCGCUCCCCACUCUGCAGUGUUAUGUUUAAAGGUCACAUAUCCUCAGUCACCCAGCCAGCCCUUCAGGUGCCUUCUAUUCCCCAGGGCUGAGGCCAGACCACUGGGGUUUCCUGCUGCAGGAAUUGGGGGCUGGGAACAGCAAGAGGGAUAGAAGUUGGGGGCAGGAUGGUGAGCACUCCUUAAGUCUGUGGGAAGGCCCACUGAACUGCACUGGGAUUCUUCCGUCUGCCCCUUACUUUCUUUAGGGCAAAUAACACAGCAGAACCACAUGGGUACUUUAGUACUUUUUUAUAUAUAUAUAUAUAUAUAUUAAAAGAAUUCUAAUUUGCA